ACACAGCAAGCGCAAUCAAGAGCCAAAGACGAAUAAGACUUCCCACUAGGUAAUCAACUCUUGAAACCAACUAGUGGAAGAAUUGGUGCCUGCACCUUCGACUGGAUCAUUUGAAAAGACACAAGAUACUCACGGAAGCUUACUCACAAAGAACUAAUAAAGCAUCCAGCCUUCACAAAAGCUGUCUAACAAUAUGUGUAUGGUUAAAGUUGUUUAUAGAAAGCCCACUGACAGCAGAUAUCACAAUCAGAUGAUCAAAUAACUAACCUUACACUUAGGACUGUGAUAUAAUUAUAUCUAUUAAUUAAAACGUGCCUUAGUACGUUUCAUGAUUCAACGCUCCUCGUAGUUAUAGUUACGGAGGCAGAGGAUUUUCAAAAGAUGUGUAGUAACGUUGAGAUGAAAAAACCGAUUUUCGGUAAGGAAUAUGGCACAGUAGAUCCUCAUGAAAAUGUUUCAAAUUAUCAUAAUUAUUUGUCAAGAGAGAUUUCUACUAAUGGUAUAGAAAAAUAUAACUUAAAUGAAAAUUUAAGUGACUUACAAACUGUUAGUGAAAUUUUGCCGAGUUACCCUGUUUCAAAUUAUAACAGUUCACGUCCAGGAGCAUUCUUUCCUUGGCCACGAAAUAUUACAGGUGAAAGAGUAGAAAAGUAUGAUAGUCGAAGUAUAUCUUACAGUUCUCUACUUGGAAUUGAAAUAGAACAUCGUCCGCCAACAAAUAUUCCAGGACCCAUUAAAAUGGCAUUUGGUAGAGCUGCACCUGGUUAUUACGCACAAAAAUAUCCAAGUAAAGAAACAUGGUUCGAUUCCAAUGCAUUGCAUCGUCAUAUACCUAUAAUAAGAUUUAAUCCAUUUUCACGUAAUCUAGAUAACUAUAAAAACUAUAACAAUGAAUACAAAGAAUAUUUAUGUAGAGUAAAUGAAUUGACAGAAUAUCAAGAUAAAUAUUUAGCAAAUACUCCAUCGUUAUGAAAACGAAUCAGAUAAUCCUGUUUUAACUUUGAAGAUAUAAAGGAAAAUCAUACACACACGUAGAUACAUAAAUUGUAGGUUAGUGACUUGAUCUUGAGAAUGGGUCAAGAAGAAGUAAAAAAAAUAGACACACUCUUUUGUUCUUUUUUCUUGUUUUUUUUUUAAUUUUCAUUUCAUUUCAUUGAUUAACUUGUGCAAAUAAUGUUCGUUGUCUCAAGCAGUUUUUCACAUCAAUUCAUAUAAACAAAAUGAUGGGCUAUUUGAAUAGAUUUGUGAUUGUUUUCGUUUGUUUUUUUUUUGGUCUAUAACGUCAUAGGCAUAAAGUUGAGUAAUUAUUGGAAAUUGUAUUGUUUUUAAUAUAGAAUAAAAUAGAUUUAAUAAAUUUG